UAAUUUCUAGAGAUGAGCAUAUAUUGAAAUUUUUUGGAGUGGAUGAAGUUUACAAAGUUCCUCUUUUGGAUCGGACUAACUCUCUUCAAUUAUUGUGCCGAAAAGCUUUCAAACUUGAUCAUAUUUUGAGUAGUAUGAAGGGUUGGUCAAUGGCGUACUACAUUAUGCUACGGGCCCACCGUUAGCAAUUGAAGUAUAGGGCUCAUUUUUGUGGUCGAGACAUCUUUGAAUGGAAAAGUGCAUUGGCUAGAUUGAGAGACAGCCCGGACAAAGAUGUCAUGGAUGUGCUCAGAUUAAGUUUUGAUGGGCUAGAGGAGUCUGAAAAGGAAAUAUUUCUUCAUAUUGCUUGUUUUUUCAAUCCGAGCAUGGAGAAAUAUGUUAAAAAUGUUCUAAAUUGUUGUGGAUUUCAUGCUGAUAUAGGAUUAAGAGUUCUCAUUGAUAAAUCACUUAUAAGCAUUGAUGAAUCAUUUUCAAGCCUUAAAGAGGAAUCCAUUUCAAUGCAUGGUUUGUUGGAAGAGCUAGGAAGAAAAAUUGUUCAAGAAAAUUCAAGCAAAGAGCCAAGAAAGUGGAGCAGGUUGUGGUUAGAAACACAAGUCGACAAUGUCAUGUUGGAGAAAAUGGAAAGGCGUGUCGAAGCCAUACUUUUAAAAAAAAAAACUCUCAACAAAGAUGAUGAAAAGAAGGUUAUGAUAGUCGAACACUUGUCUAAAAUGAGACAUCUUAGACUGCUCAUCAUCUGGAGUCAUGUGAACACCUCAGGAAGCCUCAAUUGUCUUUCUAACGAAUUAAGAUAUGUUGAAUGGAGUGAAUAUCCUUUCAAGUAUUUGCCGUCAAGUUUUCAGCCAAAUCAACUUGUUGAGUUGAUCUUGAAGAGUAGCAGCAUCGAACAAUUAUGGGAAGACAAGAAGUAUCUGCGCAAUUUGAGAAAUUUGGAUCUAAGCCACUCCAAAAAUUUAAUAAAGAUGCCACAUUUUGGAGAGUUCCCGAACCUUGAGCGGCUAGAUCUGGAAGGAUGUAUAAAACUUGUGCAGAUAGAUCCAUCUAUUGGUCUUCUAACAAAGCUUGUUUACUUGAACUUGAAAGACUGCAAACAUAUAAUAAGCCUACUCAGCAACAUAUUUGGUCUCAGUUGUCUUGAUGAUCUAAAUAUAUAUGUCUUGCAAUCCAAGGAAUUUGAAUGUAAGUGCAUCACGUUUCCAAUCAACGACAUCCUCCCUCAUGUUGCCUUACCUUUCCUCAUUUCCCACUCGCAUAACACACAAAAAUUUGUUCCCUUCUUGGCAUAGUUUGCGUGAACUUGAUAUUAGCUUUUGCGGUCUAUGUCUAAUCCCCGACGCAAUUGGAUCUAUAUUGGUUAGAAUAUUUAAACUUAGGGGGAAAUAAUUUUGUGACAGUACCUAGCCUGAGGGAGCUUUCCAAACUUGUAUAUUUAAACUUGGAGCAUUGCAAACUGUUGGAAUCUUUGCCUGUUCUUCCUUCUCCUACUGCUAUCGAGCACGAUCUUUAUAAAAACAGUCUUCCUGCGUAUGAAACUAGGUGGCGUACAAGAUUGCUUAUUUUCAACUGUCCUAAAUUGGAUGAGAGGGAAUGCUACAUUAGAAUGACAUUUUCAUGGAUGAUACAAUUCAUUAAGGCAAACCCACAAUCCUCAUCCGACUACUUUCAUGUGAUUCAAUCGUUACUCCUGGAAAUGAAAUACCAAGUUGGUUCAACAAUUAGAGCAAGGGUCGCUCCAUACAAAUAGACUGGUCUUAUGCAUGACUUUAAAAAUAAUAUCAUUGGUUGUGUAUGUUGUGUAGUAUUUUCCAUGGAACCUCGUCGUCCACCAACGAGAAGAAAAAGCCAAACCUAUAUGGUACUAAACUUUGCUGAUAUUCAUGGCAACCAGAGGACAAAAUGUGAAACCUAUAUUCCAGUAAAUCUUAGUGAAAGUCUUAUUACAGUCAAAUCAAAUCAUGUUUGGCUAACCUAUUUCCCCCUGGAGUCGUCCUGGGAUGUUUUGAAUGAAACUCUCUUUGUUGAAAUUGCUUGCUUUGAAGAUUAUUUGGGUAUAGAGGUGAAGAAUUGUGGGUACCGCUGGAUAUAUAAACAGGAUCUACAAGAGUUGAACUACAAGAUGAAUCACGGAAAUUCCUUAGCAGGAAAGCGCAAAUUUUUGGAAAUUGAAGAUGAGGCACAACAACAACCAAAAACUACAUUCCUUCAGCUGAUUAAAUAAACCGUAAGCUGUAACGAUCACUUUCGGAUGCACUUUCAUCGAAUGAACUCUGAAGAGACUUGCCAAUGAAUUCUGGAAAUAACUUUCUCUGCCCUGUUUUCUCUUUUCACAAUAUAUGUACUUAUUUUUUCUAUGUCCAGGUUAUUUUCAACUUUUGAAUUUUUAUAAACAAUAAACACGAAUAAAUGUGGUUUUUUUUUUUGGCAAAUUCUUAUUUACCCAUCAACAAAAGUUGUCACCAAUCAAAAUCAAAAUAGUUUAUAUAGUGGAAGACAAAUGGUGAUGAAUAGAACAUGUAUGUUUUUAUGGCAUGCUUCACUAUUAUAUAUCAUGCUCUGAGUGUAUUAGAAUACAUUCCUUUGGAUUGGUUGGUGAUUGAAUAAGAAGGAUAUGUCUUCCAAACAACUUCCUUUUUAACUAAGGUUUAAAUUUGAUUUCACCCGACAACUUGAAUAAGAAUUUGCUACUGAAAUAGCAACCACUUCUGUCCAAUGUUGCCUACGUAAUUAUAAUAAUAAAAUUAUUACAAUCAUGUAUAUGAACAAAAAUCAUGUGUAUGAUAAAUGUAUCUUUAA